AUGGAACCGGCCCCGGACAGUGAUGCUGUGCUGGCAACGAGGUUGCCGGAGAGUGCGGCGUCGGAGGAGCAUUUAAUUUCGAGUGGACCAGGCAUUGAGCUGUACCAUACAGCACAGUACGAGGAGCAGUGGUUCAAUACUACCACGUCCAAGCGAGUCCACGUGGUGGAUCUCCGAGGACCACUCGGCGGUGCGGAUCGAACGGACGGACAGAUCACCGGUUUCCACGAGCGACGAGGGCAGGAUCCGAGGGCGAUGCCGAGUGACGACGAGGGCAAUUUCGCCUGUUUUCGCGUCUCGGGCCGAACGAGUUUUCGGGCGAAAAGGGUUGUAGUUAAGUCUCGUGUCAGUGGGCUCCUUUUCCUCGAGAUCUCUCGACCCUCGCUCGAUUUCUGCUGCGUCCUUCUCGCGAGGGCAUGA